GUGUGUGUGUGUGUGUGUGUGUGUGUGUGUGCGUGCGCGCAGCGUUACCUGGUAUGAAUUGCAGCCCCGGGACUGGACGCCCCAGCCUUACACAUCCCCAGAGGAGCUGCCUGAGGAGAUGCCGGAUUCACUUCGUACGCAUAUUGAAUCAGCCCUCGCCCAAUCUUAUCCAAUGCUGUUCCUAUGGGUGUCCUGCACGGGGAAAUAUCCUGCCGAUAAGGAGUUCCUGGGUCCGGUGGAGCUCAGUCCGUGGCAGGGUUUUCCACUUUAUUACUUCCCAGUGCGGACUUCGUCUCGGGCCCCGAUACUCGGACUCCUUCUCAAACAUCCCGAAUACGGCAUGCUGAUCAGCAUAGAGUGCCACUUCUGGGCUAAGAACCUCAAGACGCCGCAUGUCGCCGCCCGCAUCGAAUUUAUCAGGUAAUGACAGCCUCCACGGGCGCCUGGUGCGGCGGCGCUUGCGGUGGCUGCGGGACUGGCGAGGGGCUUCUCCACGCAUGGGAUUUUCAAUAUAGUACAUGUCAGUCCGUGCCAUAAAUGAGUGUGAUUGA